AAACUGUACGUAUGUGGACUCCUUCCGACUAUCCUCAGAGAGGAACUUAUCAGAGAAUUUGGUCCUUAUGGAAAGUUGCAGGAGGUGUGGGUUGCCAAAAAGCCACCGGGUUUUGCAUUUGUUGAAUUUGUAAAUGCCAGAGAUGCAGAAAGGGUGGUGCAUGAAUUGGACGGAGCAAAAAUUCUUGGGUCAAAGGUUAGAAUUGAAUUUGCCAAAGCCAACAAAGGACCAGAUGAAUAUCCA